AUGUCCUCCAACCCCGCCGCCAAUCCCUCCAUCGACCGCAGCGACCUCAAACACUGUACCUUCACUAACCUCACCUCCGCCACUCGCAUUGACCGCUCCACCCUCUCCUCCAUCACCCUCACCUCCGGCGCCAACCCGGACAACCCCGCCGACUUCCACUCCAACUCACCCUAUAAAUCCACCAUCGAGCGCUCCUUCCUCCGCAGCAGCGCGCUCAGCGACGUGCACAUCGAGCGCAGCACCGUGAAAGACAGUAAAAUAUCGGCGGCGGCAAAGGUGGAAGGGGCGGAGGUGGAGCAGAGCGUGGUGGAGGGGGCGACGGUGGAGCGGAGCGUGGUGAAGGGGGCGGAGGUGAUGGGGCGGGGGGUGGUGGUGGAGAGGAGUCAGGUGGUGGGGAGCUCGGUUGUUGCGGGGAGGGAGGGGAGGGAGCGAGGGGAGGGGAAGACGUGGGUGUCGAGGAGUCAGGUGAAGGGGAGUUUGGUGGUGGGAUCGAGGGUGGAGAGGGGAGAGAUUACGGAGUGUGAGGUGGAGGGGUGUCAGAUUAGUCGGUCGAGUUUCAAGGGGCGGGUGUUGAGGAAUGGGGUGUGGGACCGAGGGAACUUGGUGGGGAGGGUGAGGAAGGAUGAAGAGGUGGUGGACGUUAGUAGGGAAGAGUGGGAGAAGAGAGCGGAUGCGAAUAAAACCUAUACCGAUUCGACGAUCAUCCUAACACCCACCACUUCAAGAGCCCCAAGCGAGGCCGGAUACCCAUUCGCCGGAGGGCCCAGGAGCGGUGGCCCUAGUUCCGUCUAUCGACCACGCGAACCAACUCCAGAGCGCUUCCCCCCGGAGAAGGAAAAGUAUGACUACCCAGCCGAGAAGAGCGUCGAGGCGCCCCAGGACGGCUACUCCAACGCCACCGGCCUCACCGACGACGAUCGGCAUCCAGGGAGCGAUACCUUCGCGUAUUAUACCGAGACAUACGAUGGGCCACGGAUGGACAUGCCGCCGCCUUACACGGAAUAA